GAGCAAUCGUUUAUUGACGGAAAAAAAAUUCAUCGAUGCAUCAGUAAAGGUUGUUAAAUUCCGCGAUAGACACCGUUGUUGAAUGAAAACUUUACAUUUUCUGUGGAAAUUUAGAUAAAAAUAUGGAAAUAAUUGAGGCGAUUGUGAUACAAAAUGCUAAUGUGGACGGAAAGGAGUCGGAUGCGUCCAACAGCGUGGGCAGCGAUAGAAUAAAAGCAGAAUUCAUCUGGACUCUGCAAGCCACAUGGCACCUGGUCAACACCCGGCUGGAAAUGGAUCAGGCGUUUGACCAGCCAGUGUGCAAGAAGAAGAAGCUGUGGGAAGUGGUAGCAGAGAAGGUAAACGCCAAGCUGAGGGAGUCAGGGGUCACGGAUAUUACUGUUAAGGCCUACGAAUGCGACCUGAAGUGGAGAAACAUGCUGGCCACCUACAGGAAGAACACAGACCGGGCCCGGCGAUUGGGCGUGGCCAGCGUCCACUGGGAGUUCUUCAAAGCCAUGCAUGAGGUUCUGGGUAAGAGCCGGGAGGAGAUCGAAGCCCAGCGCCAGGCCAAGCUCAGCGGAACCAGAGUAGGAAAGGCCAUCGCCAGCAAGAGGUUCACGCCGAUCCUCCCCACGCCGCCCGCAGCAUCCGCUGCCGUCACCAACCGGCCACCGCAGGACGUCCUGCAGCUCUACAUGGAGCUGCAGGAGAGGAAGCUGAACAUGUGGACUCAGCAGAAAGCGCUGGAGGAGAGGAAGAUCGAGGCCAUUAACAACCUGGCCCAGGCUAUCUCCAGUCUGGCUCAGACCAACACCCCACAGACGUCAAAGGACGAACAUUAGUUCAUAACGCAGCAGAGGAAAACCUCACUUUUGUUCUGUUACUGUAGCAAACUGACAAUAUAAAACUCAAAGCUUUUGUUUAUGGUGCAAAACCGACUAUACAUGCAAUAUCAUUGUCUGCAAACUUUCAGUUAAGUUUGUUUGUAAAACAAAUUUCAGCAACAAGGCACUUCAAAGUGCUUUGCACCAUAAAAAACAAAAAUACAAAGUCAAAAAAGACUCAAUACGGUCAACAAAUUGAGAAAACUGGAAACAAAAAUUACAUUUUGAUCAUCAGAAUCAUCAAUACACAUCAAAUGUGUUGGUCAGUGUUUCAUUUUUUACGGUUCAAAAGCAACUCAGGUAAGUUUUUAGUCUAGAUUAACAUCACUGGAGGAUGGUCCUGCAACUGCCUGAUAACACAGCUGUAGGCCGUCCAUUUUCUUUUCUACAUGUCCCAAAGUAAAACGACAACUCAAAUACAUAAUGUAGUAUUUAAAAAUUACAUGAUCAGAUGGACCAGAAUGUAAAGCCAUGUGGAAAUAUUGGUAUUGGUAUUUUAACGAGCAAAAUAUAAAUAAUGAAUAUAAGAUAAUGAAUCCAUGCAAAAGAAAUAAUUUUCCAAAUCAAUUUCUUCCAGUCCAAAACUAAUAAAACUUUAACAAAAACUGUGUUGGGAAUUUUUUUCCCGUAGUAUUCUAUUGUCCAACUCACAGAAGAGUUGAACAACUGAAAUAAAAGCCACAUUUUGAGACUAUCUUAUGUUAUUUGUAAUUUCUUUCAAAGAAAAGAAGCCAGAAAGAACGG